CUCUCCUCUAUGCUAGAGGUGCAUUCCUACAGCGAGACGCGCGUAUUCUGUGACUCAACAUAACCCUCUUUCUCAAACACACAUGCAAUUUAUUAGUGUUAUAGAAUAUCAUAAUUUUUUGGCUUCUUGCAUUUUAUUUGCAUUUCAAAGGAAGUUUAAAUAGUAGUUUCUUAGGUAUUGAAUAUGCAGCAUGACGAUGUUGUUUGGGGUAUCAUCAAGAAAUCAUUCUGCUCUUUCAAAAUAAAUACAAAAGGCCAGCAGUUCUGUCGUCAUGAAUACAACAUAACUGGACUAUGCUCGCGUAUGUCCUGUCCUCUGGCCAACAGCCAGUAUGCCACUGUACGCGAGGAAAAGGGCAUCAUCUACUUGUACAUGAAAACUGCUGAAAGAUCAGCGUUUCCGACAAAAACAUGGGAAAAAGUGAAAUUAUCACGUAACUUUGAGAAAGCCAUUCACCAGAUCAACGAAAACCUCCUCUACUGGUCCAGUUUCAUGCGAUCAAAAUGUAAACAGCGGUUUGUGAAGAUAACACAGUACCUGAUUCGAAUGAGGAAGUUGAGACUCAGAAGGCAGAAAAAACUGGUGCCGCUACAAAGAAAGAUAGAGAGAAGAACGAGACGAAGAGAGGAGAAGGCACUCAUUGCUGCGCAACUUGAUACGGCAAUUGAAAAGCAACUUGUGCAACGACUCAAAAGUGGAGUUUACGGAGAUAUCUACAAUUUCCCUCAAACUGCUUUCAUCAAUGCAUUGGAAAAAGAACAAAUAGAGGAAAGUGAUGCUGAGUUAGACGAAGAAGACGAGGAAGAGGCAGAAGAUGGUGAAGUGAAUAAGGAAGUGGAAGAAGAACUAGAAAGAGAAAUGGAAUCUGAUGAAGAAAGUGGUCAAAGAGAAUUCGUUAGCGAUUUUGAAAUGUCUGAUGAAUCUGAUAUUGAGGAUACACCAAUACAGGUGAGAGCCAGCACAAGUGGAGUGAAGAGUAAAAUAAGAACACGACCGCAUCUAGAAGUUGAAUAUGAAACUGAGAAUGCGACACCCAGUCGAGUCAAGGAAAUCAAUCGAUGAAAUGUAAUUCAAUAAAAUACCUUUUUAUAAUUUU